AUGUCGACUACCUCCCCUAACCAGGCUUCGAAAAGAAAGAGAGUGCUUGGAGUGGAUGCUUCGAACAUCAUAGAAGGGGAAUCACGACGAGCCAAGCGCCGCAAGGAUGGAUCAGCAGUCAAAGUGCCUGGGUCUGCAAGCUCUCUGGGAGGGGAAGGAGAAGAUGAAGAUGUUGUGGUGGACGAUGCCGAGGGUGGCGGUGCUGUCUCGCACGAGGCCAGACGGAGCGCUUCCGAGUUGGGACACCAGUUAUUGGAGACGCUUCGUAAGGCCACGAACGCCAGUGGUACACUGUUGGCCACCGAGUUUAAGAAACUUCCAAACAAGCGUCAGUAUCCUGAUUAUUACGAACUGAUCAGCCAGCCAAUUGCCUUCGAUAAUAUCAGGGCCAAACUCGAUGCCCAUGAAUACGCGUCACUGGAGGAGGUCAAGAGCGAUUUCGACCUAUGCUUUAGAAACGCGAAGAAAUACAAUGUCAAGGGCUCCGAUAUUUGGAAUGCGGCGAGGGAUCUGCAGAGGAAAGCAGUCGACGUGUGUAAAGCCCUUCAGCCUCACAUGCCAGAUGCGGAUGAAGAUAUCCCAGAAGUAGACGAUGACGAAGAUGGAGAUGGAGACUUUGUUGAAAGCCCAACCAAGGGUGAAGGUGAAAAACGUAAGGCUGGGCGGCCGCCGAACUUAUUUAAAAAGUAUGAGUCCAGAUUAAGACAGCUCAUUGACAAGGUGGAUGAGGAGGGAAACCGUUAUUCGGAUGUUUUCAUGGAGCUGGUACCAAAGAAGGAUUACCCGGACUACUACCGAAUUAUCAAGAAGCCAAUAGCAUUUGGUCCCAUCCUUAAACGUAUCGAGCACAAAGCAUACGCAUCUCCAAAGGCAUUCAUGGAUGAUGUAGAGCUAGUGUUCUCCAAUGCUGUGCUAUACAAUGAGGAUUUCUCGCAAAUAUGGAAAGAUGCAAUGUUCCUACAGUCUAUGUUUCGUAACCUGUGCGCCGAUUGGCGCGCAGAAUAUGGCUACACCGAUGAGAACAGUGCACCUGCCGCAUCGGGCUCAGCGGUCCCCAAGCUCAAGCUGAAGGUACCGGCGACCAAAUCGGAACCUACGGCGCCCAAUUUGGCCCAAACAAAUGUUUCGGCACCUACGCCUCCAACAAUCACUCACCCUCUGCAGCCCCAGUCCAUUACCCCAAGUAGCUCGAUUCCUCCCAACCACGUAGCCCGCCCCCAAGCUCAAUCGGCAUCCACCCCACUAUCUACAACCGUGGCACUGCCAGCCCCUAGCUACAGUCGACCAACUCCUCCUAUUCUCCCCCCUCACCUUCGCACCGCGACGCCCUCUCAUCUAUCACGGUCGCCAUCGGUUCAAGCACCUAAUACUCCCUCUCUCAAAGCUGUAGAUCUAUGGACCUAUCCAGCUGGUCGGCGCAUCCCGAUUCAGCAAAAUGGCAUUGCCCGACUAACUGCGUGGUCUGUUCGCCUUGGAAUUAACGAGACUAGUAUUGGACUUACCGUGCAACUUGCCCUGGACUCGGCUGUAUCCCCCAUCAAUGGGGCCACCAACGGAACAACGAUCCCAGAUCCUGAAACGACUGUCGAAAUCAAACACAACGCCAUUGUGGUCGCGGCUAAAUCUGGUGCCGACAAGAAGGUGCGAUGGGAUGUGCCACUUACAAUUGGCCCCAAUACGCUUGAGUCGGACCAAGCCAGCGACCAAGCCGGUGGCGUAAUCUCUCGGGUUGCAACCUCGAUCAACGCUAAUUCAUCACUCAAAUGGGGAAUCUUGCGGAGCAGGCAAGGUUAUGUGGGUCAUGUUGGGGGAAGUAUUCAAGUACUCUGGACUCCCGGCGAGUUUUCCCUCCGGUCUCGUUCUCGCUCACCUACCGACUCUGCUGAAUCGAUCAUGAGCAGCAUCAAGGAACUUGAAACUGCGUUGUUUCAUGCUCAUGUUAGCAGGUGCACUUCGUAUGCGGGUGUCUGUUUAUUGGUGUACGACCACUUUCUUACGUUUGCUGAUGAGGUCCGCCUGAUAUGGAGUCGACCGACGAACGUCAUAUCGAUAUUCUACUUGAUUAACCGCUACACAACACCCCUCAUCCUGGCAGUGGAUAUUUAUGAUAAAGGGGGGUUAACCAGGCAACUCAAUACACAAUUCUGUAAGGUGUGGUUCGUCGCCGAGGGAUACAUGAACUUUCUGCUACUGGCUGUGAUUCACUUUCUUAUGGUGAUGCGCGUGAAUGCGCUUUACGGAAAACGCCGAAAGAUCGCUUUCACGGUACACAUCGCCUACGUUCUUUACUUUAUCGCUACAUUUUCCAUCGUAACUCCAGGAAUGUUCCAAGCCGUUAAAGUUAAGCUGGGUAUCAUCGUUUCAGAAACAUUCUAUGCUGAGAACCAAUUUCUGCAUGUUUGUUGGGGCAAACUGGUUGACUAUUUCUGGGUCACUUGGCUCCCUGCCCUAUUUCUCGAGACGUUCCUAUUCGGACUCACAGCCUAUAAAGCAUGGACAUACUCUCGAGAGCAAAUGGUUGUACCAGUGGCCAGAACGCUCUACCGUGAUGGCUUUCAGUAUUAUAUUGUUAUCUUAUUAUGCUCUCUUUUCCCUUUACUGGUGUGGACUGAAGCACCCAGUACUCUCGACGCCAUGCCAAAAUAUGCCGGGAUGGCUAUCGUGAAUGUCAUGGGGUUCCGUCUAGUCCUCAACCUUCGCCAGCACUCUUCAGAGACCGGCCGUGCCUCAAUAUACGAAUCAUAUGAGAUGACCCCGAGUCCUUCACCCCGAGCAACAGAAUUCCCGCACAAACGACAUACCCGAGCUUUGGAAAAUGGUUUACCGCGCUUUAUUGGACAGUCUGAUUCGGACUGGACACUCAAUCACGCUGCGGACUCUUGCUUCGAUUUAGCCAGGGUAAAAUCCAAGGAGGGAGAUGCAGAACUUGGAGUGAAGAUAUCGACACCCAACGUUAAAGGUGUCCGUCCACGAGAACAGCGAAGACAGAGGCCCAGGGUGAGCUUGAACUUGGAGCUCCUCGCUGCCACUGCAACGACCAGCCAAGUGGAGUUAGAAGGUUGUAGUCCGAGUGCUUCUCCGUCUAGACCAGAGACCAAGGAUUUUUGA